CCGGCACCUCCUGCUGCGCCCAGGCCCCCGGCCCGGCCCCCGGCUCACGCGCGCAGGCUUCCUGAAACUCUAAGCAAUGGAUGAAGACGCAAAUCAAAUGCAGCCCUUGAAUGACAAGCAGGUGCCGAACUCUGAAGGUGGAUAUGUAUGGCAGGUCACCGAUAUAAAUCGACUCCACCGUUUCUUAUGUUUUGGUUCAGAAGGUGGUACAUACUACAUCAAGGAGCAGAAACUGGGCUUUGAAAAUGCUGAAGUUUUAAUAAGACUGAUUGAAGAUGGUAAAGGUUGUGAUGUGGUACAGGAAAUAAAGACAUUCAGCCAGGAAGGCAGGGCAGCAAAACAGGAGCCCAUGCUUUUUGCUCUUGCAAUUUGUUCACAGUGCUCUGAUGCAAAAACAAAACAAGCAGCAUUUAAGGCUGUUUCUGAAGUCUGCCGCAUACCAACUCAUCUGUUUACUUUCAUCCAGUUUAAAAAGGAUCUGAAGGAAGGCAUGAAGUGUGGCAUGUGGGGCCGUGCCCUGAGAAAAGCUGUUGCAGACUGGUACAAUGGAAAGAAUGGCCUGGCGGUUGCUUUAGCAGUUACAAAAUAUAAACAAAGAAAUGGUUGGUCUCAUAAAGAUCUACUCAGGUUGUCCCACCUAAAACCUGCCAGUGAAGGACUUGCUGUAGUUACUAAGUAUAUCACCAAGGGGUGGAAGGAAGUCCAAGAGGCAUAUAAAGACAAGGAAUUUUCUUCUGAGACUGAAAAAUUGUUAAAAUAUCUGGAGGCUGUGGAGAAAGUGAAACGUACGAAAGAUGAAUUGGAAGUUAUUCAUUUGAUAGAAGAGUAUAGGUUAGUUAGGGAGCAUCUCCAGACAAACCAUUUGAAAUCUAAAGAGGUGUGGAAGGCAUUGUUGCAGGAGAUGCCCAUUACAGCAAUGUUGAGGAAUCUAGGAAAGAUGACUGCAAAUUCAGUACUUGAACCAGCAAGCCCAGAAGUAGCAAUAGUGUGUGAAAGACUGAGAAAUGAGAAACUGUUAAAAAAGAUCUGUCAUUCAGUUGACCAUGAGAUUUUUGUUGGCUUGUUUGCGAACAAGUUUGGAUGGGUGGAGCUGCUGCUAUUUGAUUCUGUUCUUUCAAAACAAAUUCAAAAGAUGUUUAUGGGCAGCUUCAGCUCUGUCCCAAGCACUCAUACAGUGGAACCAACAGGGAAGCGUUUCUUGCUUGCAGUUGAUGUCAGUGCUUCCAUGACACAAAGAGUUUUGGGCAGUGUGCUCAAUGCUAGUACAGUUGCUGCAGCAAUGUGUAUGGUUGUUGCACGCACAGAGAAAGAUUCCAAUAUUGUUGCCUUUUCGCAUGAAAUGGUCUCCUGUCCAGUGACAAAAGACAUGACAUUACCUCAAGUAUUACUGAAAAUGUCUGAAAUUCCAAUGGGUGGCACUGAUUGUUCUCUUCCAAUGAUAUGGGCUCAAAAAACACACACAGCUGCUGAUGUCUUUAUUGUGUUCACUGAUAAUGAGACGUUUGCUGGAAAUAUUCAUCCUGCAGUUGCUCUGAAGGAGUACAGGGAGAAAAUGGGUAUUCCAGCUAAACUGAUCGUUUGUGGAAUGACAUCAAAUGGCUUUACUAUAGCAGACCCAGAUGAUAGAGGGAUGUUGGAUAUAUGUGGCUUUGAUACAGGAGCUCUAGAUGUCAUUCGCAACUUCACUUUGGAUUUGAUUUAG